GCGCGAAUCAAUCCACGACGUCACAGUUGCCGGCAUUUUCGCCGUCGAACAUACUUUCACAUUCUGGUUUUUGUUGCUCUUAGUUACAGCUUGAUUGUUUGUUGGGAAUUUGAGAUUCACCAGAAAACCUGAAAUUCACCAGUGGGAAUUUCACCUAAGUGAUGCAGAGAAGAAUAAUUUCGCAAUUUUCUUAUUCCAAGAGGGUACACUGCCAAUUAAGUCCAAUUUUCUUCUUUGCUUCCAGAAGAACCCUAACCCUAGGAGGGGAAGGAGUGGAUGAUCCACUGUAUGCAGAUGUACCAAGGCCUUGUAGAAGAAAGUCGGAGAGGAAGCCGUAUCCAACACCCAUGAAAAUUCUGAUCCGAAGAGCCAAGGAAGAGAAGGAAGCUAGAAAGGCCCAGCCUAGUAGGGUGCUUGAAGACCCCCCCGACAAUGGUUUGCUUGUCCCUGAACUCAUCGGGGUGGCUCAUCAAGUUUAUCAAGCCCAACAGUCACUCCUCCUUGGCCUCAGAAAACUCAUUGAUGUCAUUCCCGUUCAACGCUGCAGGUUCUGCUUUGAAGUUCACAUUGGCCAUAUGGGUCAUGAAAUUCGAACGUGCACUGGUCCAAAGAGUGGUUUCCGUAGUUCUAAACAUGUUUGGAGAAAGGGGCGAGUUGAAGAUGCAGUUUAUUUUCCAAAAUGCUUCCAUCUCUGUGAUCGUGUUGGAAAACCCAGAGUUGGACAUGAUGAGAGGUUUAAUGUCCGAAGAAUCCCUGCCAUUUUAGAGCUCUGCAUUCAAGCAGGUGUAGACCUUGAAAAGUACCCUACAAAGAGAAGAACAAGGCCUGUAUAUUGUAUUGAAGGAAGAAUUGUAGAUUUUGAGCCAGAGACAGAAAAAGAUGAAAUGAGAAGAAAUGUAGAAGCUUCUGAUUUGGGGACCAAAACUGAAGAGAUGGAAAGGAAUUCCAAUUCACAUAAUCCUAGUCAUUUUCUCACACAUUCAAAUAAUGGGGAGGAGAAGAGCUUGAAGGAAUUAAGUACCACCACACUUGAAUCAUGGUUUGAGAUGAUAUCAGGAGCGAAAAAGAUUAUGGAGAAGUACAGUGUGAAGACUUGUGGAUAUUGUCCUGAAGUUCAGGUGGGUCCCAAGGGACACAAGGUGAGAAUGUGCAAAGCAUCAAAGCACCAGUCUCGCAACGGUUUGCAUGCUUGGCAAGAAGCAACAAUAGAUGAUCUUGUGGGUCCCAACUAUGUCUGGCAUGUACAGGAUCAAAAUAGGCCUGCUUUGGAUAACAGCCUGAAGCGGUAUUAUGGCAAGGCUCCAGCUGUGGUGGAGUUGUGUGUGCAGGGUGGUGCACCCAUUCCAGAUCAGUAUAGGAGUAUGAUGAGAUUGGACGUGGUUCCGCCUGACCGUGAUGAAGUUGAUCUUGUUGCUUGACAUGGUGUUUCUUCCCACAGAUGAAUGGUACAUUACUCAAAACAUUAGAGAAUCUGAAGAUCCUUUGCUUUUGCAUUAGAGCUGAAGUUCUUUGUCUUGAUGGAAUUCGACUCAAAGGAGUUUCCAUAUUGAUCAAAUCUCUGUGUAGCUUUUGGCUACUAUCAAAGUGGGAGCUGGUCCCUUCAUGAAAUCAUCCUUGAAGAACCUUGAUUUGAACAAAUUCAGCAUCAUUUGGUACUAUUGUUCAUGCUCGUCAACCCCACAAAGUGCCUCAUUCAUUCCGGAAUUCCAAUUUCUCUCAUAUGGCCUGAAGGCUGGAACACGUGGAGUUAUUGCCCUCUUCGGCCGGGAUGGAAAAAACAUGUGCUGAAUACAAUUUUUCACAUGGCCGGAUCAGCCCUCUCCUCCCUCUGGGAGCCUGAAGCUUCCAGUUUUCACCUGGCUUCUACAGAGACAGGGUUUUCCUGUGUGAGAUUUUGGAGACGUGGCAUUAGCCAUUAGGCAGCUGACGUAUAGCUGCAAGUGGACCAAUAGCCAGAAACCAAACAGAGACAAAAAGUACGAGCCACGGACUGUGCAUUCUCAGCUGGCGCGCAUGUGUGCAUGUGUGACACAAUGGCUCCAUUGGCUCCCUACCAGCUAGGCUCAAGAGAGCAUGUCUUUAUGCGGUGGUGUAUGGGCCCAUGUGGAGCAACGGUCGGGAAAAAAAAAUGCCGUUGCGGCGGAUUGCUCUUCAGAAAUAGGUCGGCGCUGGGGUGUGAUUUUGUGUUAAAGCUUAAAAUCAUGCACGGUUUUUCAUGUAUUUUUAGACCAAAUACUCCGGUGACAAAACAGGUGUUUUGAAAAA